UGCUAAUAAUAAGAACUGUCUAUUCUAUUAUAUAUCCUUGACUUUGAAGAAGAGAAGCAGGGAAGAAAAUGAAAAUGGAAUAUACCAAAGCUCCCCUUAAAAUUCUCCUUGUAUCAUAUCCAGCACAAGGACACAUAAAUCCUAUGCUUAGACUAGGAAAGUGUCUUGCAUCAAAGGGUUCUUCUGUUAUCUUCAUCACAACAGAGAAAGCUGGCAAAGAAUUGAGAACUGUUAACAAUAUCACUGAAAAAUUAGUCAUUCCAGUUGGUAAUGGUUCUCUCACAUUUCAGUUCUUUGAUGACGGUUUAUCAGAUGAUGAUCCCAUUAGAACAAGUCAAACUACCUACUUACCACACCUCGAGCUUGUUGGGAAACAGUUUCUUUCUCAAAUGAUCAAGAAUGAGUCAAAUACACCGAUUUCUUGUAUCAUAAACAAUCCUUUUCUUCCAUGGGUUUGUGAUGUAGCUGUUGAAAAUGAGAUUCCUUCUGCUUUAUUAUGGGUUCAAUCUAGUGCUGUUUUCGCCGCUUACUAUAACUAUUUCCACAAACUGGUACGUUUCCCUUCGGUUGAAGAACCAUAUAUUGAUGUUCAAUUGUCUUCUGUAGUUCUUAAGUACAAUGAGAUCCCGGAUUUUGUUCAAGGUUUUAGUACAUUUUCAAUUCUUGGGACAAUCAUAAUGGAACAAAUUAAGAACUUGUCUAAAGUGUUUUGUGUAUUGGUUGAUACGUAUGAGGAACUAGAACAUGAUUUCAUCGACUAUGUUUCUAAAAAUUCAGUCAAAAUAAGACCUAUUGGUCCUUUGUUUAAAAACCCACAAAUUAAAAAUGCAAGUAAUAUCUGUGGUGAUUUUGUUAAGAGUGAUGAUGAGUGUAUCAUAGAGUGGUUGAACUCAAAGCCACCAUCAUCUGUGGUUUACAUCUCCUUUGGGACUGUUGUGCACCUUCCUCAAGAACAGAUCAAUGAAAUUGGUUAUGGCUUAAUGAACUCACAAGUCUCAUUUUUGUGGGUACUAAAAGCAAAACCACCUCCCGAUUUUACCCAUGUGGGGUUCAAACCACAUUUUUUGCCUGACAGGUUCUUCGAGGAAACUAGUGGGAGAGGAAAAGUGGUGAAGUGGUGUCCACAAGAACAAGUACUAGCUCAUCCUUCGGUGGCAUGCUUUGUAACACAUUGUGGUUGGAACUCGUCGAUGGAAGCACUUACUUUAGGAGUGCCGAUGUUAACAUUUCCAGCAUGGGGCGAUCAAGUCACAAAUGCAAAGUUUUUGGUAGAUGUUUUUGGGGUAGGGAUCAGAUUGGGUUGUGGUCAGGCUGAAAACAAAUUGGUAUGUAGAGAUGAGGUGAAGAAAUGCUUAUCAGAAGCAAUGGCAGGACCAAAAGCAGAGGAGUUGAAGCAAAACGCAAUCAAGUGGAAGAAGGCAGCAGAGGCUGCUGUUGCCAUAGGUGGAUCCUCUGAUCAACAUCUUGAUGCAUUUAUGGAAGACAUUAAGGCACGAUUCAAAAGAUAUAAUACUCUCUCUUGAUGUCCUUGUUGUAGCUAGGAAAUACAUCCCAGAAAACCCAUGAUGGGAAAUAAAUUUAGGUAUGCAAAAACCAAUAAUGUACAACAGCUAGUACAUCUUUUGGUAGAAGCAUAAAUAAUUCAUCAGUACCUUCUUGAAGUGAAUUUGUAAUGAUUUGAUCGUUUGUUGGAUAGAUGUCAUGUGUACGUGUCUAUAAACUACGCUAAAUUUAGAUUCUACUGGUCAAUUAGUCAUCAAAAUAGUAAAGAUCGGUGAAAAUAGUUUUUAAAUUUUGUAAAUUGGUACAUACCUCUAUAAUUGUAACAUCUCAGUCGAAAUAUUCCUUAUGUUAA